AUAUUCAUCGCAAUGAUUUUUAAAGUUUCAGUUUGAUUGCUGAGCUGUCCUCAGUCAGAUUUACGUAAAAGCCAUGUUACAACUGCUUUUUAUUGUGGUUGUCAUUUUUACAGGUUUAUCUGAUGGAUCUGGUGUGUUACCAGAUGGUCCUCUGAUUGCCUCUGUUGGAGGGACAGUAAUGUUCACAACAAACUUAAAUCCACCAGAAACACCAUUUACAUUGGUCAACUGGCAGCUUGAUUCCGGUUCAGCACCUAAACUCAUAGUUUUCUCAAUUACUAGUGAAACCAUAACUGCACCAGAAUAUGAAGGCAGGAUCACUCUCUUCAGAUCUACUGGAUCUCUGGAACUCAGGAAUCUGCAACUCAGUGACAGUGGAGGUUAUUUAGUAACUAUUCAAGAUGGACCGUAUCAAAAGAUAGGACGCAUCACACUGGACACAUAUGAACCAAUCUUUAAUGUAAGAGUUUUCCCACUAAGUGCAGACUUGAUUGAGUUCAGUGGGUCUGUCCGUCUGUUCUGCUCCUCCUCUGGAUCUUCUCUCUCCUUCCUCUGGAUGAACAGCAGCUCUGAGGUCACAACCAGUGACAGAGUUCAGAUCACUGAUACUGAUGGAGGAUCUACUCUGACUAUAGUCAGUGUGACUCGAUACGACCAGGGAUCAUACACAUGUCAUGUGUCUAAUCCUGUCAGUUCUAUCACCAGCGAUCCAGUAAACAUCUCUGUUGUCUAUGGUCCAGACAAUGUAGAAAUUGAAGUGUGUCCAUCAAAGUUACAUCAUGAGAAAGGAUCAGAUGUUAAUCUGAUCUGCUCUGCUGAUUCAUCACCUUCUGCUGAAUAUCAGUGGUUUCUGAAUGGAGACCAGCUGACCAGUAGUGGUCUGUUGCUCCGACUGAUGAACAUCCAGAUGAGUCAGAGUGGAAACUACAUCUGUAAGGCCUUUAACAGCAAAACUCUGAGAUAUCAAACAUCUUGGCGUUUACCCAUUUUUGUACAUGAGCGAGUCUCUAAUGUAAAAGUUACUCAAGACGUUACCGACUUAAUUGAGUUCAGUGGGUCUGUCAGUUUCUCCUGCUCCUCCUCUGGAUCUUAUCUCUCCUUCCUCUGGAUGAACAGCAGCUCUGAGGUUUCAGCCAGUGACAGAAUUCAAGUAACUGAUGGAGGAUCCAAGAUGAAGAUAAUCAAUGUAACCAGAUAUGAUGAUGGACCAUACAUCUGUCAUGUGUCCAAUCCUGUCAGCAGUGCUAACAGUGAUCCACUACACCUCUCUGUCAGCUAUGGUCCAGAAAAUGUCAACUUAGAACCACCUUCUCAAAAAUACCCAGAAGGGUCGAACAUCCGUCUGUCUUGUUCAGCUGACUCCAGACCUCCUGCCAGUUUUAAUUGGUUCUUUAAUGGAAAUCCUCUGUCUGCUCCUGGAUCUGAGCUCGAACUCCUCAAUGUUCAGAAGAAUCAGAGUGGAAACUACAGCUGUCAGGCUUUUAACAGCAGAACCUCAAGAUAUCAAACAUCUCAAGUUUCAGCUUUCUUUAUAGAAGGUAUCCAUGUAGAAGAUGGCCCAGAGAAAGUCAACUGA